ACGUACGUAGCCUAUAGAUGCACAAUUUGUCCACAACAGCUAGUGGCGUGUUCGACACGAACUGGACGUAAUUGCGACUAUAACCAAUUACGUCCAGUUCGCAAGAAGCUGCUGAGUGAUAAGCUUGUGCGUAUAUAAAUGAUCAGUUUAAGACUGUUACCACUGUAAUGCGCCGUUAAGUUAGUGGGUAUUGAUAUUGUAUCUCGAUUAAGCUACUUCUCUACAUAAACUGCAAUUUUAUACAGAGUACGUUAAACAGAUUACUUACUUGGCUUCUUAAUGCAGUAAUUGCAAUAUGGGAAAAGCAGCUAGUACCGGCAGCGUUCGUGACCCUCUCACAGCAACAACUUCCUUUGCCUGCUUAAUUGUGGCGUUCUCCUCGUGGUUCACAGGAGGCUACAGUUCUGCGCAGAUCAACGUUCCACAGAACCUGAUCAUCCAAUGGAUUCGCCAGAUCCAGUGCGCGCGCAUAACGGAUCAUUUGGCACCAGCCGGUGUCAGUCUGAACGGUACCCACACCGAUGUAGUUUUGUGGUGCUCCGUUAUCGCCGAAAACGAAACAUCCUUACACCUGCGCAACAACGGUCGUUUGGGGGCCAUCUGGAGCAUGAUCGGAUGUGGGGUCAUGUUGGGUGUGUCGGUGGGAUUCUUGGUCGCGAAUCAUUUGGUGGAGUGGUUAGGAUUCCGGAAGACGCUUCUGGUGUUUAACGUGCUAGAAAUGAUGGGGAGCAUCGCAGCGGGAUGUGGCGUGACUGCUAGAUCAUACGAGUUGUUUAUCAUUGGCCGAUUCAUCUUUGGAGUGGGAAACGCUUGUGUGGUAGUGUGCGGUGUAUACGUAGCGGAAAUCAGCACGAACAACCAUCGCGGAUCGUUGAAUGUUCUUGCCACAGCAUCGUUCAGUGUCGGAAUAUUGUUGGCGAAUGUCGUUGGACUACCGCAAUUACUUGGCACUCCCGAUAACUGGCAGCAUACGUGUUGGAUCUGCCUCGUACCCAGUCUCAUUUUAAUCGCUGCAUAUCGUUUCCUGCCCGAAAGCCCUCGCUGGCUCUGCAGGAAACAACAGGACACCGGCAAACUGGCAGCCGUACUGCAGCUCCUUCGGGGCCGGCAGAAUGUGGACGCCGACAUCUGCGCAAUACAAGAUGAACUAGAAGCCGCCCAGAAAUUAAGCAGUCAAAAGCUGUCAAUUCCUGACCUGUUUCGCGAUAGGUUUCUGCGGAAAAUCACUGGCAUAUGCUUGCUGGUAAUGGCCGCGCAACGUUUGACCGGCUUUUCGGCGGUGUUUGUCUAUUCCACGGAGAUAUUCCGUCAGUGCGGAAUAACGCAGGCCCUAGCGUCUUACGGAACCAUUAUUCUAACUGCACUGUCCGCCGUGGUGGCCCUGCUUGGUUCACCGUUGCAGGAUAUUUUUGGGCGACGGCCAAUGCUGCUUGGUGGUCUUUUCGGAUGUGCGCUGUGCACUGCGGUCAUGGUGGUUUUCACGGUGUUGACGAAAUAUGCGGCAUGCAAUACGUGUCAGUACGGCAACCUGGUGGCCAUGACCCUCUUCAUGGUGUGCUAUGCGGUGGGACCGGCCAGUGCACCGUUUCUUUUUACGGCGGAAAUGUUCGGCAUGUCCUCCAGGCAAUCAGCUUCCGCGUUGGGCUAUCUCGUCAACGUCUCACUAGCGACGGUGAUUACAGCGGUCUUCCCCGCCAUGCAAGCAUAUUUAAUGGAGUGGACAUUUACGAUCUUCACCGGAAUUACAUUUAUUCUAGCCGUGUUUUUGUCGACGGUGCUUGUAGAAACGAAAGGAAAAUCGUUUCUGGAAAUACAAAGCAUGCUGGAGGAUCGAUUUUGUGCGGGAAGAAAAGCGUCGCUGGAAUCAAUGAUUUCCCAGCGCACUGAUCUUGAAUAACUCUUGCGCCCAGAAAGCUAGUACAAAUGUAGCAACAAGCGCUACCUUCGUAUGAGGAGCUGUUUUUGUUACUAAUAAUUGUUAGUACAAAAUGUAUAAAGAAGUUUGCACAUAACCUACCCCUCGUGAAAAUGAAAGUUACUAAAAACAUCUAGUUACGAAAAGAAGUACAUGUAAAGUUAUUCUAAACUUACAAAAAUGUU